GAAACUUAUCAAAACAUUUCAUGUAAUAUCCGACCCGAUCAGAAAAACCAAGUACUAACACUAUAAAUAAAAUUUAACAUUAUUAAUCGACUUCAUUAUUAUUCUCUUAAUCAUUACCUUUUUACGCGGAGUAAAAUGAAAAACAAAUAAUGGCCAUAGACUUCUGAAAACACAGUUUAAUGAUAAUAUAGUCUAUAGUAUAAUGCUACGACGCGGAUUCAACUAUCUAAUGUCAACCUCUAUAUGCAACGCUGUCCAUCUUCACUAUAUUUUAUUCAAAUAAUAUUUGUUAUUAUAAGGGUAUAAAUUUUUCUCUCGUUUUCUAUAUUAAGCUUCCAUUUGUCUUUUUCCAUCUUCUCAAAAUCCAAAAUUAGUUUCAACUUCACUCGUAAAAUCUUUCGAUUUUCUUGAUAUAUUAGUAUAUAGCUAGUAACAAUAACAAUGGGCAACUACGUUUCAUGCGCUCUAAACAAAACGUCAUCGUCACCGUUGGCCAAAGUGAUUCUCCCGGACGGUGGAGUGCGUGACAUCCACGUGCCGAUGAAAGCAGCCGAGCUCAUGAUGGAGAUGCCAAGAUAUUUCCUCGUCGACGGCAAAUCGUUGAAAAUCGGCCGUAAAUUCAUCCCACUCGCCGCCGACGACGAUCUCGACCUUGGAGGCUUCCAUGUGUACGUUGCUUUUCCGAUGACACGUGCCACUUCUGCAGCCAACGCCUCCGACUUGGCUCGGCUCUACCUCGCCGGAAAGAAACGUACGAAAAGCUGCGAUAACAGGAGAGUGUCUCCGGAAGAUGAAGAUAACGAUGAUGUAAGGCUGAUCGGACCGAAGCUGAACCUUGAAGACAUAGAAGAGUUCUCGGCGGCGGAGUUUAUUCAUCGGAUCUCUGUUUCCAAAUCUAAGAAACCACAGUUGGAGACGAUAGUUGAAGAACAUGUGCCCUAAUCCAACAAAACCAUCCAAUUAUAUAUAUAUUUUUAAUGUUAUUUUUUUUCUUCCUCUUAAUCAAAGUGCCUCUCUUUUGUGGUAUUAAUGUACGUAAGGAGACAUUAGUCGAGAAUUAGGAGGCGAUUCGUUAUUUUUUUCAUCCGUUAUAUAUGUAAGUGUAUAUAUAUUUUUCUGUUAAUCAAUAAUGUGUGUGAAUUAUCCGUAAAGAUUGGUGUGUUAAAUUUCAUUCAUAUGAACAAUAAGAAAUUAUUUUCUUUUA